GUGAAUGUCUCUCUGCACUGCCCACCUUUGCUCAGUCACUCACCUUUUGCUCCUUCUCUCUCCGUUUCUCAUUCAACACAUACACAACACACACACACUUCAGUUCAACUUUUUGCCUUUCCUCUGCACAGUUUUCUGGACUGUUUCUCUCUGAGGAUUUUUCUGCUGCAGCUUUCCUCUUUUCAAAGGGUGGAAUACGUCUCUAACUAAAUCAACAGAUCAACUGUUGUUUUUUAAUUUACAGACAUCGUCAUGCGUUGUGUGAGCUGGUUGUUGCUGGGGACCUGCCUCCUGGUCAUGGGCCCUGCCGUGCAGGGAGCCCCGAGCCAGUGUCCCACCCUGUGCCACUGCCACGGAGACCUUCAGCAUGUCAUCUGUGACAACGUUGGAUUGAAAAAGAUCCCUCGGGUGUCUGAGGCCACCCGUUUGCUCAACCUGCAAAGAAACAACUUGGGCAACAUUCCCACAGGGGCCUUCGCUGAAAGUAAGGGACUCAUCUCUCUGCACAUGCAGCACUGUCAACUCCGCGAGAUCGGAUCCCAGGCCUUUAAAGGGCUGAAGAAGCUCAUCUACCUCUAUCUGUCCAACAACGAGAUCAACAGCAUCAAGCCCGGCGCCUUUGACGAUCUGACCGACCUCACCUACCUCUACCUUGAUGGGAACCAGAUAAGCGACCUGGGUAAGGGCCUCUUCUCGCCUAUGAUCAACCUCUUUAUUCUGCAGCUUAAUGACAACAAGCUCCGAGAGCUUCGGCCAGGCACCUUUACAGGUGCCAAAGACUUGCGCUGGCUGCACAUGAGCGGCAACGAGCUGACAACCCUGCAGCCGGGCUCUCUGGAUGAUGUGGAGAACCUCGCUAUACUUCACCUGGAGAGAAACAAGAUGUCCACAUACCCCCUUGCUGCAAUGAGCAAACUGCGAGUAGUGGAGGAACUCACACUAGGGAGGAACCCCAUGAGAACCAUCCCAGACAACGCCUUCCAGAGCUUUGGCCGCUACAUGGAGAAACUAUACCUGGAUAACAUGGGUCUGGAGAAGUUCUCUGAUGGUGCAUUCACUGGAGUGACAGCAGUCAAGUCCCUGCACCUUGAAAACAACAAGCUAAAGUCCCUCCCAAAAAGUCUAGAGUUUGGCACCAUCACCAACAUCACCCUCUUCGGUAACCCAUGGGGCUGCACAUGCCAGCUUUCUCCUCUGCGGAGAUGGAUGGACUCUAGUCGCAACCGUCCAGAUGCAGUAUGCGCCUCUCCACCUCAGCAGAAAGGCAGGCAGGUCAGAGACAGCACCGCCUUCAGCGGCUGCAGGAUCAAACAGAAGAGAGCCAGAAAGGGCACACGCCAAUGAGCGCCAGCACAACAGGAGACGCCGAGGAGAAGCCUGUCCAGGUGACUGGCUACAA